GAGUCACAGCUAGCUCACAGGGACUCACACACACGCGUGCCAGUGGAGUGGAGGAGAAGAUUACACACACACACACACACACACACACACACAUCCACACGCCUCACUUUAAAGCUGGAGUAUUAAAUGCGCUGGGCUCAUUACUUCAAGUGUAUGACCAGUGGAUGAUUGCUCCUCCGGUGUGUCUCAUGUAGGCUCUAGUUGUUUUGUUUUCGGGCUCAAGUGAGUUGGACUGAAGCAAGAUUCAGCCGAAUGGUGACUGGGGCUGCUUUUGUGUUCCAUUGAAGAAAGAAAGUCAUACAGGUUUGGAUCAACAAAAGGGUGCUGCAGGUCUCCAAGUGCUCCAUGACAUAAUGAGUAUUAGUGACUGAACAGGCAUCAGCCCUCAAGGUUUCCCACAGUGAUGCUUUUGACACUUUCAGUGCACCAAUCAUAGGAGAUCUGAGACUGAUCUGAGAUCUGUUAGCAUCACUCACCUUGAAGCCAUUCACCAUGAUUGACCUGAGCUACCUGACAGAAGAAGAGCAGGAGAUGAUUUUGGCAGUGCUGAAGAGAGAUGCAGAGCUGAAGAAGUUAGAAGAACAGAGGAUCAGGCAGCUUUGUAAGUCUGAGAAAGACAAGAGAAGGCUGAAGUACUUAACUGGAGAGUGGUUUUACGAGACAAAGUAUCACAGACACAGAGAAAAGAUCCAUAGCUCCGACAUCAUCAGAGCAUCCAUGAGACAAAGGAAACCUGUGACGAUAUUGGAGCUCUCUCAAAGAUGGGCAGAGAGACCCAGUUUUGUGAACAGUCAGAAGAAGGAUGUGUUCAUCCCUCCAGAGCUCUCAGGACUCAUUGAGGAGCCACCCACACCAUCACGGUAUGAGAGUUUUGAACAUCAGAUGCCAGAAGGCCAACAGGAAAUACAGAGACUUAAAAUCAAGCCUAGGAUGAAUCCAUUCAAUAUUAUGCAUUCGCAGAGGGACACAGACAGAAUUAUCAAUGGUGUGAAAGAGGCCGGCCAGACACCUGCUGAGGCAGAUUGUCAUGAGCUUUAUGCUCGGCCUCAGACCUCACAGGUGUCCAACUUCCACAGCUCUGCUGAAGUUAAAGGUAAGGCCAAUACGUUGUGCACAGAGAGCCAGACUCAUACAGUAACAGAGGAAGAGGGUCGCUCAAUUUCUAAGGUACUUGAGUGGUUUGGCCGAGGUUCUCAAGAUGCAAAGCAGAGUAAGCUGAAAGAAUUGCCAGCACAGAGUGAGAAGAACAAAGAGGAACCAGAGGAUCAUGGAACCUCAGACGUCAAAUCAGAAGAAUUGGCUUCUCCGGUUGUACAGACUUUGGCUGCCACCAAGCCAUCUCCAAAGCCACGUCGGGGGUUUUUUGCAUUGUUUUCAAGAGCAGAGAAAAAAGACAAGAGUCCUGCAUUUCUAGCAUCUGACAAAGAAAUAAUAAGUGAAGAUAAAAACAAAAUUUUGACUUUGGAAUGCGAAACACCUUUCACCAUGAGACCUGAAGCAGGUGUCAGUAUAUCUCUGCAGGACUGUGUUUCUGCAGUGAGCAAGACAACAGAAAUAAUACAGGUUACCUCAAAAACAGAGGUAAUGCAACAUGGCAAUGCAACAGCUAGACCUGUUUGUGAAGAUCUUCUUAAGAAAGAGAUGUUUGACCAAGGUGAGAUAUCACCAGGUAGACUGGCCAACCCGAAGUCCUUCUGGGAAAUGGGGAACAGAGGACCAAAGAGACUGAGCAUCAAAACUGGAGCUGAAAUACAAGAAAUUGAAACAUCUCUGCUUAAUGAAAAUGAUGAAAUUUUAGACAGAAGGAUUCCAGAUUCAGGCAUCAGCCCAUCAAAAUUAAAUGCCACUGAAUAUCCAGUUGAAGUAGAAUCUACAAUGCAUGAGUAUUCUUCGGUAUCACGCUAUGUUGUCGAUAUGUCUGCCAUAUCCUUAAAUGAAGAUGAAAAACCCUCUAAUUUGGACAGCAGUAAGGUGUCAGAAGGCUCAAGUAAUGAGUUACAAACACACAUGGUCAAAAGUGACGUCAGACUGGUGUCUCCCAGUUCACCACCAAGAAAUAACGCUCUUCAGAACGAGUUGCAGGAAGAGCCUCUCUCUGAGUCGCUGUCCAGGGAUAUAUCUGGCCUGAAUAAGGAAAUCUCUACUCUCAAAAUGUCUCUCAGUCAACAGGAUAAUAAAGGCUCAAUCGAUGAUCUCAAGUCAUUUUGGGAGAAAGAAAAAAGUGGCCUUCAAGUAAUUGUAGGUUUACAAACAUGUACACCUGAUAUUAAAGACUCAUUUACGCCGUUGUCUCCUAAACAUUCUUCCAUAGGGUCAACUAGUCCAGAUUUAACAAGUUCCCUAGACAAAAUGAGUUUGUCUUUAAACAAAGAGGUGGGUUUGAUUCUGCAAAAUGAGAAGAUGGAAAAAAGCGAGGGUCCAGCCAGAGUGCCAAUACAAGAUCAUCAUGAUAUCAGAGGUGACAGUGAGGAAGCCAGCCCUGUCAGAUCUGCUCUGGAGCAUGCCAGUGCCAGACCCCUAUCUGUUUCCAAGAGUCUAGAGGACCUGGCAUCCACACCUACACUGUCUGCAGUCGCUCCCAACACUAAAACAUAUUUCUUAGACCCUACGCAGGUGAAGAUGAUGAGUUUGUCUGUGCCUGCAUUUAUGCACCAACAGAAGGAUUGGAGAAACAGUGACUGUGCAUCAGAGAGAAGCUAUGACACACUGAGAACAUGCAACACUCCCUCUAACUUUAGCAUGUGUUCUGAAGUGGCCUCCAUGUCCUCUGUCACUGGCAGUGUAAUGAGUAUCUACAGUAGUGAGUUUGGCAACGUGGUGGUCAAAGGCAGAAUCCAGUUCGCCAUUCACUAUUUGCAAAAUCUGGGAGAGUUCCACAUCUUCGUAGUGCAGUGCAAAGACCUUGCCGUGGCAGAUCCUAAAAGGAACCGGUCUGACCCGUAUGUUAAAUGUUACCUGCUACCUGACAAAGCAAAAUAUGGAAAGAGAAAAACAUGUGUGAGAAAGAAGACUCUGGAUCCAACUUACAAUGAAAUCUUGCGGUUUAAGAUUCCAAUGGAGACUCUGAAAACCCAGAAGCUGAACCUGUCUGUGUGGCACAAUGACACAUUUGGCCAUAACAGCUUUCUUGGAGAGGUAGAGAUCGAUCUGGUGGAAUGGGACUUUAAUAACACACAAAUGAAUGAAUAUCAGCUGCAAGGAAGGGUUCAGGUUCCCUCCAGUCCUAAACAUUCUGCUGAUGGUGAAGCGAUAAGAGCAGAGAUAAGAGUUGCUCUACGUUUUCUUCUUCAGACUUCUCACAGUCAUAAGAACAAGGCAAAUGGUGAGGUACAAAUCUGGGUGAAAGAGUGCAAGAAUCUACCCGUUUCCAGAGGUGUUGCCAUUGACCCUUUUGUCAAAUGCGCAGUCCUCCCAGAUAACAGCCGGAAAAGCAGACAGAAGACCAGAGUACUGAAGAGGGUUUCUAACCCGGUGUUUAACCACACCAUGGUGUAUGAUGGCUUCAGGCCAGAGGACCUCAAAGAGGCCUGUGUGGAGCUCACCGUGUGGGAUCAUGACCGACUUAACAACCACUUCAUUGGGGGUGCUAGGCUUGGUCUUGGAACAGGUAAAAGUUACGGUGCUGAUGUGGAGUGGAUGGAUUCUAACAGUGCUGAAGCAGCCCUGUGGGACAGAAUGAUGCAAUCUCAGAAUGAAUGGGUGGAAGACAUAUUACCUUUGAGAAUGCUGGUCAUGGCAAGAAUGUCUAGAUAGAAAUGGUGAAGUAUGGCAACACAACAAAAUGAACAUGAACCGAAGAAUAUGCAAGACGAAUGAACUGGAUCACUUACUUGUGUUGUGAUUAUAUAAUAUUUAACAUAUUAAGUAACUGAAUGGGUUCUUGAAAUUUUGGAUAAGGAAAACAAAGAAAACAUAAAAAAUAUAGUAUGCCUAUGUUGUAAAGGAUGUGGGUUUCAUGUGUUCCAUAAAACUACAUAAAAUCUGUUAAUAUUAAAAAAAGAGAAAAGUAAUAAUUUGAUUAUCAAUUAAUUACCUUAAAGGAUUAUCCUACACUGUGUAAAAUGAACUAUAAUUUGAAUAAAUUUUAACCUGUC